CUGCCGCUCCCCUGCUCCAGUUCGCCCGGGCGGGCGCGGCGAAGGAAAAGGAACGGGCGGCCGCGGUGGCGCGGGCCGCAGCGAUGCGGCGAUACCUGCGCGUCGUGCUCCUGUGCCUAGCCUGCGGCUUCUGUUCGCUGCUCUACGCCUUCAGCCAGCUCGCCGUGUCCCUGGAGGAGGGAGCGGCCGAUGCGGGCGGGAAGCCGCAGGCCGCAGCGGCUUCCUGGCCGGCAGCCGGCGGACGCGGUGCCGAGAGAGGUGCGGGCCCCGGGGCGGACGCCGGAACCCCGGACAGGUGUAAAGAUUUCACUCUGUGUUACUGGAAUCCCUAUUGGAUGCUGCCCUCUGAUGUUUGUGGAAUGAACUGCUUUUGGGAAGCGGCAUUUAGAUAUAGUCUGAAAAUACAGCCUGUUGAGAAAAUGCACCUUGCCGUGGUUGCCUGUGGUGAAAGACUGGAAGAAACUAUGACCAUGUUAAAGUCAGCUCUCAUUUUUAGCAUCAAACCUCUUCAAUUCCACAUUUUUGCUGAAGAUCAACUGCAUGAUAGCUUUAAAGCAAGACUGGACAGCUGGUCAUUUCUGCAAACAUUUAAUUACACAUUAUAUCCCAUUACAUUUCCAAGUGAGAAUGCAGCGGAAUGGAAAAAGCUUUUUAAACCAUGUGCCUCCCAGAGAUUAUUCUUGCCAUUAAUCCUGAAAGAAGUUGACUCACUGUUGUAUGUUGACACGGAUAUCCUAUUUUUACGACCUGUUGAUGAUAUUUGGUCUCUACUAAAGAAAUUUAAUUCCACACAAAUUGCUGCAAUGGCACCAGAACAUGAGGAGCCUCGGAUAGGAUGGUACAAUCGCUUUGCUAGACAUCCAUACUAUGGAAAAACUGGAGUAAAUUCUGGAGUUAUGUUGAUGAACAUGACACGAAUGAGAAGGAAGUAUUUCAAGAAUGACAUGACACCAGUACGGCUGCAGUGGGGAGAAAUCCUUAUGCCUUUGCUUAAAAAAUACAAACUGAACAUCACAUGGGGUGAUCAAGAUCUGUUGAAUAUCAUGUUUUUUCAUAAUCCAGAAAGCCUUUUUGUUUUUCCAUGUCAAUGGAAUUACCGACCUGAUCAUUGCAUAUAUGGAAGCAACUGUCAGGAAGCAGAAGAAGAAGGAAUCUUCAUUCUUCAUGGGAACAGAGGUGUUUACCAUGAUGAUAAGCAGCCAGCAUUUAGAGCUGUUUAUGAAGCACUGAGAAAUUGUUCUUUUGAAGAUGACAAUGUCCGUUCCUUGUUAAAGCCUUUAGAACUGCAGCUACAAAAGACAGUGCAUACAUACUGUGGAAAAAUUUACAAAAUAUUUAUCAAGCAACUAACAAAAAGCGUAAGAGACCUUUAUGACAGACCACCAAAGCAGAGAUGACUUUUGUGACUGCUGAAGUCAAUGGGUGAAAACAACAAAAUAUCUGAGGAUAUGUAUGAAGGAAUGGUCUUCCAUGAAGUACUUGGGAAGGAAAUACUUAUGACCAGAAAAAUUUUUUCCCAAAGAAGUUAUAAAAGCAAAAUAUUCAUAUGAUGGACAAGUUAAAAUUCUGGAUUCCAACAAGAAGAUAUUUUUGAUCUCUGAUGUUUUGUAACAUGUUACUUGUUAUCAUUCCAUGAUUGCUAAACUGUAACUGAAUUUUUGUAGACUAGAGCUCUCUUGGUUUUACUCAGAAGUAAGGUGGUAGAGUUGUGUGGGUGCAAGAGGUGUACCUCUUACACAGUCUCCACUGUGAGUGCAAACUGUGAGUAUAGCAAUAAUUUAUGUCAGCACUAACCUCACUUUAUACACAUAAGAAAAAAGUUGUUUACAGGAGCAGAAAAGGUUCUGUUUCUCAACAAAUGUGAUGUGACCAAUGUAACCCUUGACAAUCUAUAUGUACUGUUAGGCAUUUCAUCUCUGUUCUACAAUGUUUUUGUGACAAUCAUGUUAAAAAUUAUCUUUAGCCUAUGAGCUGCACGUUAAAAACUGAGUUGUAGAAGAAAGUAAAAAUAGUGAAAAUGUUGAGGUUUUUGUGUGUGUGGUGCAUGCGUGCUUAUAUGUGUGUGUGGAGGGAGUAAGAGAUAAAGAGAAUGUACUGUUUUCAUUUUGUGUGCAUUAAACUGUUUUGCCAAACCUCAGUUAUAAGAUAUUUAGAAUUUUUUUUUAUCACUUUAUGUGAAAGUUGUCAGCUUUCCUGGGCAUUCUGGAAGCAGGAUAUAUUAUAGUGACAAUAAAGUUUGAGAACCUUAAUAAUAAUGCUAAUGUGAUGGUGGAAAGUACAGUGGACCAAAAUGUAUAAGCAGUAUUCUUACUGAGAUCAGUAAUUAUAUUACAAUGCAAUAGGGGAAAAUGGUCCAUUUAAACUAUUCUACCUCAAAAUAACUUUGCAGGAUAUUUUUCUAAGAAGCAAAUUUAUAGAUUAAGUUGAACAAUUUUGAUGGGUGGUUUAGAUUAAUUAGAUUAUUCUGUCCACAGAAAAGUAAUUUUGAUUGGGUUAAUGUUCAUAUCUUCCUUUUUUGAACAUUGCUAAAGAUCGUUAACUUUUUAAUUUUGAAGAUGAGAAAAAUAUGACUUCCCAUUCUUGACCUGCUGCCUAUGUAAUAUAAUUCUAGAUCUGAGUACUUAGUGUGUACUAUGCUGGAGCACAUCUCAUUUUGCUGUGUGCUAUAUGGUUAUCUUCAUUUUUUCUCUGGUAUUUUAAGCCUAGAUAGGGAGGGGAACAUCAUGAAGGAAAAAAAGAUCACUUGUGGAAAUUGUGGCAUUUGGCUUUGGGAAGAUAUAGAGCCUCCAGAGUAGACCUGAAGUAGGCAGAAAUCAAAUAGUUGGUACUGUUGUGUCCUGUCUGCUGUAGUUCAGUCAGGGACAGAUUGAGAGAGGAAAGUUAAAGGCAAGUUAAAAGUUGACUCCACCUCCCAGAAGACCUCCCACAAAAGAAAGGAUGAUAACCAGCCCAGCGCUCUGAUAACAGAUAGGUUGGGAGGGCAAGAGCUGUAUACUUUCUUAACAGAGUAUGAGAACUGUGAUGACGUGGAGCUUGCUGAGGAGGUAGUGAGAAGGCUAAAAUUUGAAACCUUGGCAAAUGGUCCACAAAUGAGACCAUUGCUGUCUGACUCUAGAGGGAGGGAGCUUGUUAAAAAUAGAUAUUCUCAAUUUUACCUUUAAAUCUUUUUAAUGAAAGAUUACACAAAAUUAGAAAGCGUAGUACAGUGGUACUAAUGAUCCAGUCCUAUCUCAACCUCCCAGAGUGCUGGGAUUACACGUAUGUCCACACUCAGCUUGUUGAAAAUUUUAACAUUUUAGGAACUACAAACACAUCAUAUAGGAAAGUAGCAACAAUCCUGUGGUUUCAUCUGCUAUCCAGUCCUUAGGUGUGUUUUGCUGAGUGUCUCAAAAAUGCCAUUGUUCAGUUGGAUUGUUAGAAUUAGGAUGAAAUACAAGUUACAUCCUGUUCAGGUGAAUUUGAUGUCUCCCAAUUUGGGAACAAAUUAUUUUGCCAACUUCAGGAUGCCACCAUUCCUGGAACAGUUGCUAAAUUACAAAUGUCAUUUGGAGUUAGAGUAACUAAUUUGAUUUAUUGACUGGAUAUGGACUUAUAAUAGUAGAUUCUGUCAGACUUAGUUUCCUCAGUGAAGGAGGCUUAGGAUGUGUUGUGGUUGAUGGGACGGUGAGGAGUCUGGUUGUAGUGGAAUCAGCUGGCCCGUGCCUGGGUCUCACUCCGGUCGUGGCUCGUGGCUUAUAGACUGUACCACAGUUGCUUGUGGAUUCAUCAGAAACUUCUUCAGUUGGUCCCUUCAGAUCCGACGUAAGCAAGCAUUUUACCAUAACCGUCUGCUUUUUUAAGUGAAAUUAAUGGUUAUCUCAGAGUGCUGAUAGCAGUUUGAAAAUGAAUUUUCUGAAUUUUCAGAAUAAUUUUUUCCUUCAGAAUUCUUAAAAUGCAGUGCUCAGUUAAUGAGGUUAAAUUAUAGACAACUUAGAGAACAUACAUUUUUUGUAUAAGUUUUUCAUAAUGUAUCUAUGCAGUUUGUAUAAAUUAUGUAUUUUUUGAGUCUCUGUGUUAAAACAAUUCAGACCUCAGAAUUAUCUCUGGGCUACAGUAUUACCAAAGCGGAAAGACUUUAAAAUGUAGUCAUAUUUUGUAUUUGUAGUCAUCUUUAAUGAACUUGAAAAACCUAUAGAAAGUAUAUUUUGUGAUUCAUAGUUUAAGAACACACACUUUAUUGUUGUUGUUGUUUGGUCCUUAUUGAAGAGUAAUUCUACUGUAUAAGGAAGUCAUGCUGUCUUUGGACUCUUCAGAGCCUGAAGUAACAUCAGUGCUUACAUGUUGGUCUCUCAUCCUGCCUCACUCAGGUGGUAUUGAUGGCGUGAGACCAGAUUGUGAGCUAGAUCUGGCUGGGCACCUCAGGCCCAUUGUUUAAUCAUCUCUGUGCCUUAGGUUUUAAGUACAAUCAGUCUUCAUUUCAAACCUCGAAGGAAGAUGAGACUCAGAGUGAUUUUAGAUUUGAAGGUGUCGUGCAUGGCUUAUGAAGCUACUACCAGUGUUACUGGUGGUCUGUCUCCAUAGGCUGAAUGUUCUCUGGCAUGUAUCUGCAGUGUGAAUUUGCUUAUAUUGUGAAAGAAAGAAUUAAGGAAGAGAAAGUAGAGAAGAAAAGAAUGAUGUGAAUGAAUAAUCAGGAAGGGAAAGAAAGGAAGUGAGAAAGAAGAAAGAGAAUUAAGGUGAAGAUACAAAAGACAGAGUAAGAGAGGAGAUGGACCGAAAGUGGAAGUGACAAGUGGAGACGGACAGGAAGGUUGUGGAAACACUUUCUUUUGGAGUUACAGCUAGAUCGCUGUCCACUGUCCCUAGUCCUUCAGGUCAGGACAGGUGCUGGCUUCUGUGGGAAGAGGGCGGCAGGGACAGCUGUGUUUGGUUUCUUGGUCAGGUAAGUUUUUUUUUUGAAGACUAACAAUCCAAGCUAAGGAUUUAGCUCAGCAGUUCCAGCACUUGCCUGCUAAGUGCAAGGUUGUGAAUUCAAUCCUCAGUACCAAAAAAAACAGCAAUUCAAUAUUUUGUCUUUUUACUAGAUUUCGAUUUGUGAGCUAGGAACUGUGGAAACAAAUGCCUUCCAUUUCAGUUGGACUUAUUUGAGAGUAGCCAUGUAUUCGUCAGGGAGGGCAGGAAGAAACGAAAGGUGGGAGUGAGGGGCUGCCAGGAAUCUCUUGCAGCAGUUUCCCCACGUGAGGGUCAUAGGUAGGAAAUGAGGCCGAGAAUCACUGCUCUGCCUUGAGGGUAGGGUAAGCCUUAGAGCACAUCUAUUCUUCAGGAGGGUGCUUUCAUUUAACUGUUACAAAUGGAUUCAAGAGAACAGGAACAUUAGAGACACAUAAAAAACGAAGACCUUAAAAGAUAGUCAUUCUCUUUUUCAGGUAGUACUUUGUGAUGCUGUAGUUGCAAUCAGAAUCUCUUUGUUUUAAAAUAAUUUUGGUUCCUUAGAGUAAAUAGAAAAGAAACAUCCGAUUGCAGUAUGUCAGGUGUGGGGCCAGUUACCAGUUUAUUAAAUGCAAUUUCAAAUAUCUUUAAUAAUUGCCCUCUUACUUUUAGUAUUUGAUGAAAUAUUUUUACUGUUAAUAGUAUACUUCAUACAUUGCCAAAGUAACCCCCUUUUUGCCUGUUAAAAUCAGGCUAAACUGUUUUGAUGUUUGUUGUUUCUUAACUCAUUGAACACAAAACUAAAUUUCAAAAUGUAAGAUACAUAAACUUAAUAUAAAAAUCUAAAAAGGUAUAAAGAAAACUAACAAUGACCAUGAUGUUAUCCAGAUAUCUAGCAAUUGCAGCAUGGCAUACUACUGAAAAAGUUUAAAUUGGUUGCAAAUCAGUAUUAGACUUACUUUGGAAAGUUUGAGUUGUCAUUUUGUCUCAAAUAAUUUCAAAUGCCUAAUGGGAUUAUUUCCUUAGAAUAUUCAAAUGAAAGAGAGCUUUUGCCAAUAAUUUUUCUCACCACUAAUGUGCGUGGUGUUUGGAGGAUCUCUGGUCAGCCAUUUUAAUACCAAAUUUGAGACUGGUGUGAAGCCUUUGAUUAUGUUUAUAUAGGCCAAUUGGAAUAUGUGGACAUGUUCAUAUGUGGGGUAUGAUUGUGGCCUCUUUUAAAAAUGGGUGAAUAGAAUGCAACAGCAUAUAUUCCAUUUGAAAAAUAAAUGACUGUCUAUGGUGGACAAUACCUGUUUUCAACCUUUGUGUAAAAUCUCUUCCGGGAAUAUUGGAAUGUUACCUUUUUGUGCAAAAAUGACCCAUGGUUAGUAGUAUUGUUUAGAAUAUGUCAUCCAUUGCAAAUGUAGCAAGCAUGAUUAUUUCACAUGUAUUGUCAUCGGUAUUUGAGAGCUGGACCUGUGCUUUCUGAUGGAUGCUGUAACACAAGACCUGUGAAAAACAUGGUGAAAAUCAGAAACUGCGCCUGUUCCUGAAAAGGUAGCAGGUGUUUCACUUUUCAGAGUAUUUUGCAUAAAUUACUAAUAUUUUAAGUAGCAAUAGUUUUGAAAGCUGGAGGAAUGUAUUAUGAUAUACUGUGAUAUUUAGAAAUGAUUGUCCUUAAACUACUUUUAUUUUAAAAUAUUUUGGCUUUAGAAUAAUGUGAGUAUCUUUCUCCAAAUAUUUUGUGUAUUUUGAAAGUUUACUAAAAAGAGCAUAAAAUGAUAGAUUUGAGUCUAAUUUGGGAGUAAUGGGAAAUUGUUUUCUAUUUUGGAGGAAUUCAGCUCAUUUUUUAUUGAGAAACUAUGUUGUUACUAAAUAAACAUGUACUCAAUAAAUGUUUAGUUUUCUCAAAUAA